AUGACUACCCCUGAGAUCGAGACCCGUCUUUUCAUCGAUGGAGAGUUUGUGCCUUCUCUUGACGGCUCCAAAUUCAAGGUCACAAACCCCUUCACCGGCGAGACUGUAGCAGAAGUGUCAGAGGCCAAGGCAGAAGAUGUGAACCGAGCAGUUGAGAGUGCGAAAAGGGCCUUUCCAACUUGGUCAGAAUUAGACGGAUCCGAUCGGCGACGCCUCAUGCUGAGGCUGGCUGACCUUGUCGAUGAACAUGCGGCGGAGUUUGCGCGCUUGGAAGCUCUUUCGAUGGGGAAGCCUGUAUCAACUUAUAUGGAUCAGGUGAUGGGUACAGCAACGCUGAGAUACUACGCUGGCAAGGCUCUGGAUAUCCACGGGGUCACUUCCCUAACUUCCAAGAACCAUCUGAAUAUAUCCAUCCGGCAGCCCUACGGUGUCACCGGGGCGAUUAUUCCCUGGAACGUCCCGGUGAUCAUGAUCUGUUUCAAAGUUGGCCCUGCACUCAUUGCGGGCAACACACUUGUGCUCAAAUCCUCUGAGAAGGCGCCACUAACCUCACUCCUCUUCGCGCGACUGGCCAAGGAAGCUGGGUUUCCCCCAGGUGUGUUGAAUGUUCUAUCUGGUUUUGGCCUGCCGUGUGGGGAUGCCAUCGCUCGACACAUGGACAUCCGGAAGAUAGCUUUUACGGGCAGCACCAAGACUGGCAAGCUUAUCCAAAAAGCUGCGGUUGAUUCAAAUCUCAAGUCUUGCACAUUAGAACUAGGUGGUAAAAGCCCCCUGAUCGUGUUUGAAGACGCCGAUCUGGAAAAAGCAGCAAAGGUGGCCGCCUUUUCUAUCGUCUUCAAUUCUGGUCAGGUCUGCAUGGCUUCCUCAAGGGUGUAUAUUCAAGAGAAUGUUGCAGACCAAUUUAAGAAGCUGUAUGCACAGGCUAUCCAGGCGGUUGCGGGGCAGGCGGGCAACCCCCUCGAGGCAACGACUGGGUUCGGUCCCCAGGCAGACAAACAGCAGUUCGAGAGCAUUUCCAAGUAUCUGCAGGAGGCCCAGAAGGAUGGCCUCAAGCGCCUGCCUAUCGGGGAAUUGACACCGCGGGACGGGGGAAACUUUGUCUCCCCGAUUGUGUUCCACGAGGUGCCCGAGGAUCAUUCUAUUAUGAAGGACGAAAUUUUCGGAGCCGUUUCUUGCCUCAACACUUUCAGCAGCGAAGACGAUGUGAUCCGCGCGGCAAACGACUCUGAAUACGGACUGUAUGCCAGCGUAUUCACUCGGGACAUCAACCGAGCCAUACGAGUGGCAAAGUACUUCGAGGCAGGCUCGAUCGGUGUUAAUACCUCAUCGCCAUAUUACUGUCAGGACUUGCCUCUUGGAGGGUUCAAGGGAUCCGGCACUGGGCGCGAGCUGGGAGAUGAAGGCCUAGAGGCGUGGACGGAGGUGAAGUCUAUUUACAUCUCGCUGUCGUAA